GAGUGAGUGAGAGAGGGGCUGGGGGGGAGGUGGGGCCUCUCUCCGCUUGUCCUGAGAAGAAAUCUGUGAAUGUAAUGAACUAGCUCACUUGGACCACAGGCAGCAUGGCACACACAGGAGCAGCUGCCACCCCCCACAGUGCCUCGCUCCUCCUGCCCUGGGGCUGCCGCAUGGUGCUCGGACUGCCGCUUGGGAUGAUGAUGAUGAUGGUGGUUGUAGUGGGAUGUGUGGGCCCCUGAGUGCCGUCACUUCUCCGCAGGGCUAUGCAGAAGUUCCGGGAGAGCUAUGGAGAAAGUGGCGUCCGGCAUCGGCGAGCUGAGCUGGAGCUCAGUGGCGUUACCCUUGGAUGUGAUCGUUAGCAAAUUCCGGCUGCCCACCCUGGUGAGACUUGGAAAAGGGGAGUACGUGGACGGGGUCAGCGACCAGGAUGUCAUCCUGAUUCAUUCCUGCCGACAGUGGACAACGGUGACCGCCCACAGCUUGGAAGAGGGGCACUACGUCAUUGGGCCCAAGAUAGACAUCCCACUCCAGUAUCCAGGGAAGUUUAAGCUGCUGGAUCAGGACCGGGACGUGCGGGAGCCGGUGCAGUACUUCAGCAGCGUAGAGGAGGUGGCCAGCGUCUUCCCUGACCGGAUCUUUGUUAUGGAGGCCAUCACUUUCAGUGUCAAGGUGGUCUCGGGGGAGUUCAGUGAAGACAGUGAGGUCUAUAACUUUACGUUGCACACGGGGGAUGAACUCACCCUGAUGGGUCAGGCGGAGAUCCUGUGCGCUAAGACAGUAAAGGAAAAGUCACGGUUUAACACCAUCCUGAGGAAGCUGGGUAAGACUGGCAUGUUGGGCAAGCAGGUGAAGGGUAAAAUGCCCUGUCUGAUCUGCAUGAACCACCGCACCAAUGAGAGCUUGAGCCUACCCUUCCAGUGCAAGGGCAGCUUCAGCACCCGCAGCCCGCUGGAGCUCCAGAUGCAGGAGGGAGAACACACCAUCCGCAGCAUCAUAGAGAAGGUUCGGCUACCUGUCAAUGUCGUGGUCCCCACUCGCCCUCCCCGUAACACGUAUGACCUUCAUAUUAUCCGUGAGGGUCACCGAUACAAGCUGGUCAGCAUCAUCUCGAAGACUGUGGUUUUAUGUUGUCUUCUGCGUAAAGAGGAGGUGAACCCCUUCCACUUCCUGUUGCUGACGGACAUGCCCCGCUUCUCCCUUCCGGAGGGCCUGCUGUGUGGGGACCCCCACUUUGACAAGCUGGUGAGAGAUUGCUCUUACCACUGCCAAGAACAGAGGUUCAACCCGGAUGACUACUCCAAGGCCGUUCGUGAGACCAAGACGGACUUCGCAGAGGAGUGCGCCAGCCCACGGAAGAUCCGUGUAUGCUUGCAAGGCUUCUCCGCUGGAUCCAUUAACUACACCAGCGAGGAGCUGAGCCAGGGCCUCCAGCGACUGUCUUUGUGCGUUUACAGCGGGACAUUGCCUGAGGACAGCAUCCCCCAGGAUUGUUUGGACGUUCAACGGCACGGUUUGGGGUCUUCUUCUGAUAACUCAGACUUGGACAGAGAGUACAUGACUCCAGACUGGGUGGAACAUGAUUAUAGGACUCAGGAACAAUUAGAGAUUCCAUAUGAGGAACUGUGGACUAACCAGAAUGUGGAGAAUUACUCUGAGCCCAGCAGUAAACCUGUUGGUUUAGAAAGCGGCAACAAGACCCAACAAGACCUUAUCUCCUUUGUGACCUCACCUCCUCCUCUAGAGAAGAAGUCGUGUUCACCGCCUCCACCAGCCUUAAUCAUUCAAGAUAAAAAGACAGAUGCACCUCCCCCAGUGCCCCCCAAAUCUGAGGCGGUGAGGGAGGAAUGUCGUCUUCUCAAUGCCCCACCGGUACCCCCACGUGGUGGCAGGAUCUUCUCUUCAUCCUCCAGCCCGCCAGUCCCACCUCGCCUUCCAAAGGCACACCUCCCGCAAUCCCACUCUCCGAACCCAAGCCUGUCUUACUACUCAUCUGGGCUCAAUGACAUAUCAGUAAAUCGCAGUGGCAGCUGCUCCCCCUCUCCAGACUCCUAUUCUCUGUACUGUUACCCAUGUACAUGGGGGGACUGCAAGGCUGGAGAAACAACUAAUCACCAGAUGUCAAACAGUAUGGCCUCCACAGCUCAGCCCACACAGACUUCCUGGUCAGACUCUUGGGCCUACGCGGACACAGGUCCCAGCGUAGCCAGUGGCCGCUCCACCCCUUUGCUGAGCACAGACACCACUAUAAAAACUUACUACAGCUGCCCCAGGUUGAAGCCCCCUCAGACUCAGAAACGAUUUGCCCCCUUUGGAGCCUUGAAUCCGUUUGCAAACCCGGCCUUCGCCUCCAGUCCCUCAUCUACUGGGGAGUGGUUAGAUCCUCUGGAACAUCAGAAAUCGUCUUGUUCCUCUGUCUCCGAUGUCUUGGACCCCUUUGAAGUUAGUAAUAGUCAAAGCACAUCCCCGGAUUCCUCAUCCAUUGGGUCCGAGAUACGUUUCAUGCCGGACCCUGUAUUUAAAGGUGGAGGAACAGGGACCUGUCCUGCCCCUCCGCCCCGGCCCGUUAAAGGGUUUGAGACUGAAAACAUUGUAAUCAGAAGCACGGCCCCAUUGUCGCCUACUAUCGUGAGAGGGGCGGAAGGAGGUAUCACUAGAGUAUAUCUCACUCAAGGAGUCAUUGAAGUGCCACCAAUGUCAUCCAGGAGUAACAUGGACACGUCUUCUCCUCACACCCCGGGCGUGCCCAGGCUCGCUGGAGAUUCUGUGGCUUGGCACCCGCCUCCUGAUCUAUCAGCUCUGUCCGUGGAGGAGGUCUCACGGUGCCUUAGGUUCAUCGGCCUCUCAGAAGACGUUGUGACAUUCUUCGUAAGGGAGCGCAUCGACGGCAGCAUUUUCGUGCAGCUGACGGAGGAGAUCCUGUCAGAUGACUUCAAGUUGACGAAGCUUCAAGUGAAGAAGAUCAUGCAGUUCAUCAAAGGCUGGAGGCCGAAGAUAUAACAGGACUCUUCCGUCAAUCUGAACUUUUCUCAGCUUCUCAGGCCGCAAAGGCCGGGCGAGUUGGGAUGACAUGCCCACGCCAGGGGAUAAGGGUACUUAUUAUCAGCAAACUCCUUGAAUUUUUUUCUUUAUUUUGUGGACAGUAUUUGUUUUUAAUUAUUCAUAGAUUCUCUUAAUGGUAUACAUAGCACAAUUUGCACAACGUGUAACACCAUGGUCAGUCAAACACUGAAGUUUAAUAUUGCAGCUGUCUAUUAAAUAUUAAAAUUGGCACAAA